UAUAGACUAGUUUUUCGCACCUUGUGAUUGCCCUUGGCCAUUGUUCUUUGGUCUCACUCCUCUGUCCAACCAGUCCCCAGCUUAUCCAGGAAGGCAGAGCCAAAACCCAGCGACACCAGCAACAAAUCUAGAGAGAGAGAGGAGACAAAUGUAGGAGAAGAGGGCUCAUUCUCUCCAGAGCUCACUCGCAGCCUCGCUUUUCAGGGCUCGCGGAACUCAGCACAAUGUUCAGGGGUUGUGGACUAUUCACCUGCGCCCGCCGGGGCGGAGACCUCAGGAAGCGUGGGGAGAUGGGCGCGGCGAGCUCGCGGGUGGCGCCGGCUGAGCCGGUGGGCGUGGAGGAGGGGGACAGCGGAGCGGCGAGGCAGCUGGCGUGGGCGGAGGUGGAGACAGCCACGGGGGGGUUCUCGUCCCGGGUAAUCGGCCACGGCGGGUUCAGCACGGUGUACCUCGCCUCGCUCUCAUCGUCCCGCCUCGGCGCCGUCAAGGUCAGCUGCAGCAGCGAGCGCCUCCACCGCGCCUUCCGCCAGGAGCUCGACGUGCUCCUCUCCCUCCGCCACCCGCACAUCGUCCGCCUCCUCGGAUACUGCGACGAACGGGACGAAGGCGUGCUGGUGUUCGAGUACGCGCCGAACGGCGACCUCCACGAGAGGCUCCACGGCGACGGCGGGGACGUGCUGCCCUGGGCGCGGCGCGUGGCGGUCGCGUUCCAGGUGGCGACAGCGCUGGAGUACCUCCACGAGAGCCGCCAGCCGGCGGUCAUCCACGGGGACAUCAAGGCGUCCAACGUGCUCCUCGACGCCAACCUAGACGCCAAGCUCUGCGACUUCGGCUUCGCGCACGUCGGCUUCUCGGCCACGGUGGGCGGCGGCCGCUCCUCGGCGCGCUCUGUCAUGGGCUCCCCGGGCUACGUCGACCCGCACCUCCUCCGCUCCGGUGUGGCCACCAAGAAGAGCGACGUGUACAGCUUCGGCGUACUGCUGCUCGAGCUCCUGACGGGGAAGGCGGCCGUCUGCUGCGAGACCGGGCGCAGGCUCACGGCCGAUGUGGGGGCCAAGGUCAGCGACGGCAAGGUGACCGACGUGCUGGACCAGAGGCUCGGAGGCGACUACGCCGCCGCCGAGGCGGCCGUCCUGGCGGAGCUCGCCGUGCAGUGCAUCAGCGACAGCCCCGGGCUCAGGCCGUCCAUGGCGGACGUGGUGCGCGCGCUCCAGGAGAAGGCCUCCGCGCUGGCCUCGGCCGUCGGACCGAGAUUGAACCGCAAGAUGAUGCUCUAAGCUGGAUGGUGUAGAUUGUAAAUACCUAAUGCUCUAGAGUAGUGAGGAGAAGAAUGUAUCUAGUGCGAUGAGGUAGAAAAUUUUUGUCCUGUCCUGUCAUGGCGUGUUAUUAACUUAUUAUUGCAUCAGUGAGGUUAGUAGUACCAGUUCAUCA